CAGCAACUGUGGUUACAGCGUGGCCCUGGGGACCAAUGGGUUUACCUGGGAGCAGAUUAACACGUGGGAGAAACCAAUGCUGGACCCAGCGGUGCCUACAGGAUCCUUCAUGAUGGUGAACAGCUCUGGGAGGGCCUCUGGCCAGAAGGCGCACCUUCUCCUGCCGACCCUGAAGGAGAAUGACACCCACUGCAUCGAUUUCCAUUACUACUUCUCCAGCCGCGACAGGUCCAGCCCGGGGGCCUUGAAUGUCUAUGUGAAGGUGAACGGUGGGCCCCAGGGGAACCCUGUCUGGAACGUGUCUGGCGUCGUCACUGAGGGCUGGGUGAAGGCAGAGCUUGCCAUCAGCACCUUCUGGCCACAUUUCUACCAGGUGAUAUUUGAAUCCGUCUCUCUGAAGGGUCAUCCUGGCUACAUCGCUGUGGACGAGGUCCGGGUCCUUGCCCAUCCAUGCAGAAAAGCACCUCAUUUUCUGCGGCUCCAAAAUGUCGAGGUGAACGUGGGGCAGAAUGCCACCUUUCAGUGCAUUGCUGGUGGAAAGUGGUCUCAGCAUGACAAACUUUGGCUCCAGCAAUGGAAUGGCAGGGACACGGCCCUCAUGGUCACCCGCGUGGUCAACCACAGGCGCUUCUCGGCGACAGUCAGUGUGGCAGACACUACCCAGCGGAGCGUGAGCAAGUACCGCUGUGUGAUCCGCUCUGACGGUGGCUCUGGUGUGUCCAACUACGCUGAGCUGAUUGUGAAAGAGCCUCCCACUCCCAUCGCCCCCCCAGAGCUGCUGGCCGUGGGGGCCACAUACCUGUGGAUCAAGCCGAAUGCCAACUCCAUCAUUGGAGACGGCCCCAUCAUCCUGAAGGAAGUGGAGUAUCGCACCACCACCGGCACCUGGGCAGAGACCCACAUCGUCGACUCUCCCAACUAUAAGCUGUGGCAUCUGGACCCCGAUGUGGAGUAUGAGAUCCGGGUGCUGCUCACGCGGCCAGGGGAAGGGGGCACGGGACCGCCAGGGCCUCCCCUCACCACCAGAACCAAGUGUGCAGACCCGGUGCACGGCCCGCAGAACGUGGAGAUCGUGGACAUCCGAGCCCGGCAGCUGACGCUGCAGUGGGAGCCCUUCGGCUACGCGGUGACCCGCUGCCACAGCUACAACCUCACGGUGCAGUACCAGUACGUGUUCAACCAGCAGCAGUACGAGGCCGAGGAGCUCAUUCAGACCUCCUCCCACUACACCCUGCGGGGCCUGCGCCCCUUCAUGACCAUCCGGCUGCGGCUGCUGCUGUCCAACCCCGAGGGCCGGAUGGAGAGUGAGGAGCUGGUGGUGCAGACGGAGGAGGAUGUUCCAGGAGCUGUUCCUCUAGAGUCCAUCCAAGGGGGUCCGUUUGAGGAGAAGAUCUACAUCCAGUGGAAACCUCCCAAUGAGACCAACGGGGUCAUCACACUCUAUGAGAUCAACUACAAGGCCGUGGGCUCAUUGGACCCGAGCGCCGACCUCUCCAGCCAGAGGGGCAAAGUGUUCAAGCUUCGGAAUGAAACCCACCACCUCUUUGUGGGUCUGUACCCCGGGACCACCUACUCCUUCACCAUCAAGGCCAGCACAGCAAAGGGCUUUGGGCCCCCUGUUACCACCAGGAUCGCCACCAAAAUUUCAGCUCCAUCGAUGCCUGAAUAUGACACAGACACCCCACUGAAUGAAACAGACACGACCAUCACAGUGAUGCUGAAGCCCGCUCAGUCUCGGGGAGCCCCUGUCAGUGUUUAUCAGCUGGUUGUCAAGGAGGAGCGACUUCAGAAGUCACGGAGGGCAGCUGACAUCAUUGAGUGCUUUUCGGUGCCGGUGAGCUAUAGGAAUGCCUCCAGCCUCGAUUCUCUACACUACUUUGCUGCUGAGUUGAAGCCUGCCAACCUGCCUGUCACCCAGCCAUUUACAGUGGGUGACAACAAGACAUACAAUGGCUACUGGAACCCACCUCUUUCCCCUCUGAAAAGCUACAGCAUCUACUUCCAGGCACUCAGCAAAGCAAAUGGAGAGACCAAAAUCAACUGUGUUCGUCUGGCUACGAAAGCACCAAUGGGCAGCGCCCAGGUGACCCCGGGGACUCCACUCUGCCUCCUCACCACAGGUGCCUCCACGCAGAAUCCCAACAGCGUGGAGCCGGAGAAGCAGGUGGACAGUACUGUGAAGAUGGCCGGCGUAGUCGCCGGCCUCCUCAUGUUCAUCAUCAUUCUCCUGGGCGUCAUGCUGACCAUCAAAAGGAGAAGAAAUGCUUAUUCCUACUCCUAUUACUUGAAGCUGGCCAAGAAGCAGAAGGAGACACAGAGUGGAGCGCAGAGGGAGAUGGGGCCCGUGGCCUCGGCCGACAAACCCGCCACCAAGCUCAGCACCAGCCGCAACGACGAAGGCUUCUCCUCUAGCUCACAGGACGUUAAUGGAUUCACAGGUGGCAGCCGUGGGGAGCUCUCCCAGCCCACCCUCACGAUCCAGACUCACCCCUACCGGGCCUGCGACCCCGUGGAGAUGAGCUAUCCCCGGGACCAGUUCCAGCCCGCCAUCCGGGUGGCUGACCUGCUCCAGCACAUCACUCAGAUGAAGAGAGGCCAGGGCUACGGGUUCAAGGAGGAAUAUGAGGCCUUACCGGAGGGGCAGACAGCCUCGUGGGACACAGCCAAAGAGGAUGAAAACCGCAACAAGAAUCGAUACGGCAACAUCAUAUCCUAUGACCAUUCUCGAGUGAGGCUGCUGGUGCUGGAUGGAGACCCACACUCCGACUACAUCAACGCCAACUACAUUGAUGGUUACCAUCGACCUCGGCACUACAUUGCUACUCAAGGUCCCAUGCAGGAGACCGUAAAGGACUUCUGGAGAAUGAUCUGGCAGGAGAACUCGGCCAGCAUCGUCAUGGUCACAAACCUCGUGGAAGUGGGCAGGGUGAAGUGUGUGCGAUACUGGCCGGAUGACAUGGAGGUCUAUGGAGACAUUAAAGUCACCCUGAUCGAAACAGAGCCCCUGGCAGAGUACAUCAUCCGCACCUUCACAGUCCAGAAGAAAGGCUACCAUGAGAUCCGGGAGCUCCGCCUCUUCCACUUCACCAGCUGGCCCGACCAUGGCGUCCCCUGCUAUGCCACCGGCCUCCUCGGCUUUGUCCGCCAGGUCAAGUUCCUCAGUCCCCCAGAAGCUGGGCCCAUAGUGGUCCACUGCAGUGCUGGUGCCGGGAGGACUGGCUGCUUCAUCGCCAUCGACACCAUGCUUGACAUGGCCGAGAACGAAGGGGUGGUGGACAUCUUCAACUGCGUGCGUGAGCUCCGGGCCCAGAGGGUCAACCUGGUGCAGACGGAGGAGCAGUAUGUGUUUGUGCACGACGCCAUCCUGGAAGCGUGUCUCUGCGGCAACACGGCCAUCCCGGUAUGCGAGUUCCGCUCGCUCUACUACAAUAUCAGCAGGCUGGACCCCCAGACCAACUCCAGCCAAAUCAAAGACGAAUUUCAGACCCUCAACAUCGUGACGCCUCGUGUCCGGCCCGAGGACUGCAGCAUCGGCCUCCUGCCCCGGAACCAUGACAAGAAUCGGAGCAUGGAUGUCCUGCCUCUGGACCGCUGCCUGCCCUUCCUCAUCUCGGUGGAUGGAGAAUCCAGCAACUACAUCAAUGCGGCACUGAUGGAUAGCCACAAGCAGCCUGCCGCUUUCGUGGUCACACAACACCCUCUACCCAACACCGUGGCGGACUUCUGGAGGCUGGUGUUCGAUUAUAACUGCUCCUCUGUGGUGAUGCUGAAUGAGCUGGACGCUGCCCAGUACUGGCCUGAGAAGACCUCGGGGUGCUACGGGCCCAUCCAGGUGGAAUUCGUCUCUGCAGACAUUGAUGAGGACAUCAUCCACAGAAUAUUCCGCAUCUGUAACAUGGCUCGGCCACAGGAUGGGUAUCGUAUAGUCCAGCACCUCCAGUACAUUGGCUGGCCUGCCUACCGGGACACGCCCCCCUCCAAGCGCUCUCUGCUCAAAGUGGUCCGACGGCUGGAGAAGUGGCAGGAGCAGUACGAUGGGAGGGAGGGACGCACUGUGGUCCACUGCCUAAAUGGGGGAGGCCGCAGCGGAACCUUCUGUGCCGUCUGCAGCGUGUGUGAGAUGAUCCAGCAGCAAAACAUCAUCGACGUGUUCCACAUCGUGAAAACGUUACGUAACAACAAGUCCAACAUGGUGGAGACCCUGGAACAGUAUAAAUUUGUAUACGAGGUGGCACUGGAAUAUUUAAGCUCCUUUUAGCCCAAUGGCAUGGAGAACCUGCCAGAGGCUGC